UCCAAAACUUUUUGUUUCGAGGAAGAACCUAAGAUAACCUACAUUUUUAAAUUCUAGGUCUUAUUAAGUAGCCAGAAAUACCUGGACAAGGGCUUGAACUACGAUUUCAUUCAUCCAUGGCUGGGCAUAAGUCUUCUGACUUCCACUGGCAGUCACUGGCAGACACGCAGGAAGCUACUCACUCCAGCAUUCCACUUCAAGAUCUUAGAAGAGUUUAUCUCGGUCUUUAACAAACAAAGCAGCAAGCUGAUACAAAAACUGGAGAAGAAAGCUGAUGGAAAUGCCUUCGACAUUUAUGAUGACCUUGCCCUCUGUUCCCUGGACGUUAUUUGUGCUCGGGUCAUCUGGCAACCAAAGAAAACGUGUUGAAGGAGUCAGACUUUACACAAGUCAUGUGACGUCACUUUUUGAUCUACCUAAUAGGUUUGAAAAUACCGCUACCCUCUGUGAAUGGCCUGUUGACACCUGGGCUACCAGGUUAGGUAUGUUAUUUUCCAGUACAGCUUUGAAUAUUUAUGCAACUUUGUCGCAGGAUAUAUGUAAUUAUUGCCUACUUAAGAAGGCAAUCCUUAAAGCAUACCAAAAGACCACAAAUUCUUAUAGGAAAGAUUUCAGGUAUGCCACCUUACAGCAUGGCCAGAACUUUCAGCAGUUACAGGUAACACUCUUUCGUUUGUUCGACUUUUGGAUAGAGAGUUCAGGAAUUGAUCACAGUUUUGAAUCUCUUAGAGACUUCAUGGUUGCUGACCAGUUCCUGACAGCUCUUCCUCACCAGAUACGAACAUUCAUUAGAGAACGUAAACUGAUUAAAGCUGAGGAAGUUGCUGAGGCCGCUGACUUGUAUGCUGAGGCUCACAAUUCCUAAAGACCUA